AUGGAGUGGAGCGCCAACGUGCGGGCUCGGCAGUGCAUCCAUCUGCGCCCUCCCGAGCCAAAAUUUCGGUGGGCGGUGGCAGAGCCGGUUGUCGACAGUCCUAGCUCACCCGGGGACCCCUCCCCGAUUGACAUUGUUGGUCAAGAGCCUGGUCAUCUGCGGUGUGGACCAGGAGGUGUGCAGUGGAGCGCCAAGGUGCGGGCUCGACCUUGCCAUCCACCUGCGCCCUCCUCCGCCUCCGGUCUUCUUGAAUCUGUCUUCACACCGGGUCCAGGUGGGAAAGAUGGAGGAGGCGGAGGAGGAGGAGGAGGAGGAUGAGGAGGAGGAGGAGGAGGAGAAUGUGGCAGAUGCUGUGGAAGUCUGCUGUCACUCCAAACUAACUCACGCGCAAUUCGCCUUGCCUACUUCGCCUUGCCAUGGAGCACACGGUGGACAUCGCCGGCAACGACGGAAGAACUGUCGUAUCAAUUGCUGGUUAGUAAAUCGAGAACAAGGCUUAAUGUUCCCUUCUCAGUGUGGUCACGGCGACUCUCUCAUGGUCGUGAGAUCAGAUUCUCCCCCUGUCUAGUGAAAAAUCGGCAUAUUUUUCGGGUGACCUGGUCGUGUGUGCAGUCCGCGUAGAGGAACUGUCUAGCUCUAUUAGCCGCUGCGCCCUCGCCCACCCCCGCCUACCGUCUGGGCAUUAUCCUGCCAUCGGAGCAAGGUAAAACAUACGCGAGUGACUGGCGCCGCGCCUACUAUGUGGUGCACGCGGUGGACAUCAUCGGACUGCCGGGACCCUUUGACGGCGCGGCCCAACUUUUCCUCAAAUGCUCUGUCAGCCAUUGAAGGCUGGCAUGGGGAUGCCCGUAGGAGUAUCUGCCGGAAAGCACGCAGGGGACGCCGGGGGACUCGCUGAUGGCCAAAACCCCUCGCAGCUGGGUCAUGCAGCUAGCACCUACGCUGUCAGUAUGGUAUCCUGGAACCCCAAUGUGAACUGUAUGCAUGUGCACAAGUCUAGCUGCAUCAAAUGGACAUCACACUAGUUGAAAUAAAUUCAGCAACCCCAGUGGGGUUCGCGCCCCCAGCUAACCUUUCCCCUCUCCCCACCAGAUUCACAGCGUGUCACAACGGAAACUCUGAGUUUUCCAAAUCUAUGCCCACCAUCUGUUUCAUUCUGUGUGCCCUCGCAACUAGACUUUCUACACCCCAGGCGGAGCAUGCAGUUGUUGGAGUUAUCAUAAUUCCCAAUCUGUUAUGCAAAUUUAAAAAUAAACAUCCUUUAGGCUGCACGCCAUAAGCUGUCCGCGGUCAGACGGUACUUUGGCUUACGCUGGGGUGAAUUACUCCUUCCGGAAAUCAGUCUCACUGUUGAGUCGCUGAUAAAACUCCUAAGUAGGUCACAGACGCCGGGAGCGCAGUUUUGUGUGGGUUUAAGCAGACAGUCUUGCUUUUGCAUUGUACACGGGUGUUUUUUGUCAAAAAGACUUUGCUUCCCCUUUUGUACACGGAGGCAUCACAUGCUCCCGACUCAUCCUCCCCCCUGGCAUCUCCCAAUGAAGUCUGUCUAACCCCUUUAGCAGAUUAGUAUUCAUUCCAGUCGCAUUGUUUACCAUGUUGAGGAUAACAACGAUGGCUUUUGUCGUCUCGCCCUAAUGCAUUUAGGGCGUCCAUGUGUUUUUUUUCAGGAGGGGGGGGGGUUGGUUGGGAAAUCGGACUCUUUGAGUGCCGAUGGGCGGUGGCUACUAAUUAUUUUCUUGCCCAGUCGAAGUACUGUUGGGACUGUUGAGUUACUUUGGGCAGCUCCGGCAUCGGGUUCUUAGAAUGGGUCUUAGAUUUAACCAAACAUGGCCACAUGCACAGACAAAAGUGCGAAUUUCCCAACCCUAUCUCAGUCACAUUAAAAAUUUAUUUUAACGAAAAAUGCUCAGAUGCGGGUUUCAUAAAUGCGGACAUUUAUGCUUUUUUAGAUGAACCGAUAACCUACUGCAGUUUUGUUUCCUGUGAACUUCAACCAAAAAGAAGGGAAGUAAUUUGAGACGCUUAAUAACAUUUACAGUAGGUGGCACGCCUCACAAAACGUUUACCGGAAUUCCAAAUUUUUGUUCUCAGUUAGAAAGAAAUACCUAGGUUGGGUUGUGAGCACAUAGGUGACAUCAUUUUAUCCACUGAUUUCGAUGUAUCGCAAAAGGCAAGCAUAUUUUAAAAAGGGAAAUUUAAAAUAUAAUCUUCCUUAUACCCCUUUGGUAAUGAAUCACGUCCUUGUUAAGCCUUUUAUUUGAAUAAUGCGUAUAUUCAAUUUUGGAAAAGCGACAUUCAAUUUCAAAAUGCUUUUGUGCCCGAUUUGUCCUUGUGCUUGCGUUCAGGACAUCCAAACCUCAUGCUGUUCACUUUCUGGUCGGACUGAUUGGUGUGACCCCACAUACAGGACAUGGGAUGGGCACACUCCACGCAAGUAACAGAAGUGCCCGCCAGAAUCCCAUGUGGCCGCUGUGUUGGUCCAGAGCAUCUAACACGUCGCCCGUUUGGGGAGCAAACACGCACACGCACACGACAGUUCGACUGUCCAUUUCGACGAUGUCCACCGUGUGCCCCACAGCUGCAGCAGCGGUGGGAGCAGGGACGGUGACUUGCGCUGCAUCUACCACCCCCUCUCCUCCUCCCCCGCCUGUGCCCGGUGUCGAGACAGAGUCAAGAAGACCGGAGACGAGGGAGACCGCAGGUGGAUGGUUCGGACGGAUCCUCACCUUGGCGUUCCACCACACCCCCUGGUCCACACAACAAAUGACCAGGAUUUCAACCAGCAAAAGACAGGUUUGGAGGCUGGCACGGCUGAAGCCGCACCUAGGCAUGCUGCCAACGCCUGGCUCGGAUCCUACACUGUGGUGAGAGUGCCAUACGGUCACAUUAAGAAGGAGCCAUUGCAGCCUGACUCUCAGACCACCACCAGUCAAGGAGGAGGUCCAAGUUACCCCGUCAGUUGGCAACCUUUUAGCGCACCGUGA